AUGACUGCACCCGUUGCAACCAGAGCCUGGCUCUUUGACCUGCACUGCUCGGUUGGCCUGACUGACUGGGACAUGGGCAAGGAGCUGAAACUGGCUACAACCACCGACCAGUGUUGCCACGACGAUAAACUGAACAAUCAAUAUGUCGCCCGGAGGCCUUCCUCAAAAGCCUCCAGGAGAAAAGAUGAAUUCAUUUGGUAUGACAAAACAUCUGAUACUUUUGUUAAACCAAACCCGUGGCUGUGGGUUAAUCCCAACAUCGCCUGCCCGGUGAAGUACAGAAAAUCUGCAGGUCUGCAAACUUUAGGUGGACCUGCUGAAGAAGUCCAAAAAAAUAGGAUUUCAAAGACCAAACAUGCACCCAAAGCAGGGUUCUGCAACGCCGCCUCUCGCAGGGCGCUGCCACCUUCUGAUUACACUUCCACCAAGAACAGGACCAAGAAUGGAGCCCCUCGUAAACCAGCCAAAACCAGACGCAGGGGAAGGACGACACUGGAUAAUGGCACACUGAAAUCUGGGUGCUGGCCUCGUCCACCAGUGAAUUACUGCAUCCUCAUCACCUUGGCACUGAGGAGCAGCCCCAGUGGGAGCCUGAAAGUUCAGCAGAUUUACAAUUUUAUCAGGGAGCAUUUCCCCUUCUUCCAGACGGCUCCGGACGGCUGGAAGAACACCAUCCGACACAACCUAUGCUUCAACAGCAGCUUCCACAAAACCUGCAACCAGGUGUGCAGAGACGACAAGAGGAAGUCGUGUUUUUGGCACCUGACCCUGGAGGGCCAACGCCGGCUGAAGGACGACCUCUCCACGGUGACGGGAGAGUCCUUAAGACAGCUGGAGCGGAGCAUGUCCCACCCAGGUGAGUGA